UCCAGCAAAGCCAAGGAGAAGAAGCAGAAGCGCUUGGAGGAGCGAGCAGCCAUGGCCGCUGUCUGCGCCAAGGUGGAAGCUGCCAACAAACUCCAAGACCCCCUCGAAGCUUUCCCAGUGUUCAAGAAGUACGACCGGAACGGUUUGAACGUCGCCAUCGAGUGCAAGCGUGUCUCCGGGCUGGAACCUGCCACCCUGGAGUGGGCCUUUGAGCUGACCAAGGCCAACAUGCAGACACUGUACGAGCAGAGCGAGUGGGGCUGGAAGGAGCGGGAGAAGCGGGAGGAGCUGCGGGAUGAGCGCGCCUGGUACCUCAUCGCCCGCGAGCCCGGGGCCGGCCCCGUCGCCUUCUCCCACUUCCGCUUCGACGUCGAGUGCGGCGACGAGGUCCUUUACUG